GAUAGAUAGGCACGGCGCAUGCGUGUUGUCUAUGGUUUAGCGUUUCUUUUAAUACUGUUUCCGUUCCGGGGACUUAGUUGAAGGGACUCUUGCUACUUCUAUACAAAGUAGAGCAGUUGUCAUGGCGACUGCAGGAGCGCCCGGGAGUAGUGGCGGUGGACCGGUGGCAGCACUGACCAGCAGAAGCGGAGCCGGUGGUCGCCGUUUCAAAUGGGCUAUUGAAUUGGGGGGCGGUGGAGGAGGACCUGGCAGAAGCCGUGAUCGAGGAAGCAACCAGGGAGACUCAAACUACCCUGUGGGGUACUUAGAGAAACCACCAGCAGAUAUCAGUGUUCAAGAAGCCGAUCAGGACUUGGUACAGAAGAUGCAGCCAUAUUAUUAUGCUGUUCUGAAAUCUGCUACUGGAUUUGGUUUUCAAAACAAUCUCACAACAUUUGGGAAGUAA